UCAAGUGUCUAUAAUCUUCUCUGACGCAUGUGUGUGACGUUUCAAGCAUUUUGAGGUUAUAAAACUCAAAAUAACAAUAAUAGUGGACCAGCUGAUACUUACGGCUCUUAAUAUGCAUUAUUUUGCCUCUUCCGAGUAACUGCAAUGAAUUUGGGUCCCACGAAUCCUUACGGGAACGGUUUGUUGUACGCGGGUUUUAACCAAGACCAUGGUUGUUUUGCUUGUGGCACAACUACAGGCUUCCGUAUUUACAACUGCGAUCCACUGAAAGAAAAAGAGCGCCAUGAUUUUGAUAAUGGGGGUUUGAGUUAUGUUGAAAUGCUGUUUCGAUGUAACUAUCUUGCACUGGUUGGUGGUGGCAUUAAACCGCUUUUUCCUCCAAAUCGCUUGAUGGUAUGGGAUGAUUUAAAGAAAACAACACCAAUAGCGUUAGAAUUUAACGCCCCUGUGCUAGCAGUGAAGUUGAGACGAGAUCGCAUAGUGGUAGUUUUAGAGGGGGUUAUUAAGGUUUACACUUUUACACAAUGUCCCCAACAACUACACGUCUUCGAAACCAGUACAAAUUCGAAGGGUUUGUGUGUUCUCUGUCCUAAUAGUAAUAAUUCAUUAUUGGCGUUCCCUGGUCGCAAAACGGGACAUGUGCAAUUGGUAGAUUUAGCGAACACGGAUAAGGGGCCUAUGGACAUUGUGGCACAUGAGGCUGCUCUUAGUUGUAUUGCUUUGAAUUUACAAGGAACUCGAUUAGCAACAGCUAGUGAAAAAGGAACUCUCAUUCGAGUGUUUGAUACUGCAACGGGUGAUAAAAUCGCAGAGUUAAGGAGAGGUGCUCAUCAGGCAACAAUCUAUUGUAUUAAUUUUAACCACAACUCAACUUGUUUGUGUGUGGCUUCCGAUCAUGGUACUAUACACAUCUUUGCGUUAGAUGAUCAGAAACUGAACAAACAAUCAACUUUAGCGAACGCCAUGUUUUUACCCAAGUAUUUCUCCUCGACUUGGUCCUUUUGUAAGUUUACGGUUCCGAAUGGACCCCCUUGCGUCUGUGCAUUUGGUGCAGACAACAAUUCUGUUAUUGGUAACUACGCACAUGAAUUAUUUGUUAACAGUACUAAUUAUAUUUAUUUUUCAGUGAUUUGUGCCGAUGGUUGUUACUAUAAGUUCGUUUUUAAUCUGAAAGGCGAAUGCGUGAGGGAGCAAAGUGCCCAGUUCCUUGAAAUGACUGAUGAUAAUGCAUAGACUGGAAUCAUAGUACAUGUGAUUGUAUAGUUGUUGUUAUUUCUGGGGGACUUACCUUUGAAAAAUACAGCAAUCAAGACAUGCGCACGAAUCAAAACUUCACGUUGAGCUACAUUUAGUGCCCAUACUAGUAAUAUUUGAUCAUACUUAGUUUAGACCUUGAAGUUGUUUAAAUUUAAAGCUCCAUGUGUGCAUGUCAUUUUUUGUAAAAUUUAAAAGCACAUAGCUCUGUAAUAGAAGACGUGAUUUUCAAAACAUACUAAUUUCGCUGUAAUUUCUCAGUAUAAAUAAAUAUUUUAUUAUUUAAUAGAAAAAA